AUGGACUCAUCAUUUGUCGCGAUUGAGCAUGAAAUGCCGGGGAAGGCCGGCGGCCGGGGUGAUGCCCGGAGCCCGGAGGAGGCGGCGAAUCCAUUGACGUACCCCAAGGCAGCCGAGCCAUUCAGUCAGGACCUCUUCAAGAACCCAACGUCAGAAUAUAGAGGGUGCCCUUUGUGGUCAUGGAAUACGAAGCUGGAAAAGAAGAAGCUCCUCCGCCAGAUUGACCAUCUCAGUGAGAUGGGCAUGGGGGGUUUUCACAUGCACGUCCGGACCGGACUGGAUACCGAGUAUAUGGGUCCGGAGUUCAUGGAUCGUGUGCGGGACUGCGUGGAGUAUGCGGAGAGUAAGGGCAUGCUCGCCUGCUUAUAUGACGAUGAUCGGUGGCCCUCCGGCGUUGCUGGAGGCAAGGUAGUAAAGCAGUACCCAGAGCAUAAGACGAAGCACAUUCUGUUCACGCCGUAUCCAUAUGGCUCAGUUGAGCUCGGCGGUGGAUGCGCCCCAAGUUCAGCACAGGCCUGCCGGAGUGAAGAGGGAUACCUCUUGGCACGAUUCUCAAUCACACUCGAUGAGAAUGGGCGCCUGAAAUCGAACAAGAAACUCGAAGAAGGUGAGGAUGCUGAACCAGGCGGUAGAGUCUGGUACGCAUAUGUCGAGAUCAAUCCCCCAUCAUCUUGGUUUAACGGACAGACCUACAUCGAUACGAUGAGCACUGAGGCCAUGAACCGCUUCUUAGAGAGCACCCACGAGGUUUACAAGGAUAAGAUUGGCGACAAAUUUGGCACGACAGUGCCCUGCAUCUUCACCGAUGAACCUCAAGUAGCUAUCAAGACACAACUUUCCAGCCCGACUGGAGUGGAAGAUGUCUUUCUUCCAUGGACAGCAGAUCUACCCGACACAUUCAAAGCGACGUAUGGUGAGGGUGCAGAUCUCGUGGCCAACAUUCCGGAAUUGCUGUGGGAUCUCCCGGGGGACACCCCAAGUUUAUCCCGCUACCGAUUCCACGACCAUGUCAGCGAAAGAUUUGUUACCUCAUUCCUCGAUCUGCUGGCAAACUGGUGCAGAAAGAACAAGAUCAUUCUGAAUGGCCAUAUGAUGGAGGAGCCCACCCUGCGUUCUCAAACAACUGCCCACGGCGAAGCAAUGCGCUGCUACCGAAACCAGACGCUUCCCGGUAUGGACCUUCUGAACGACUGGGUCGAGUAUAAUACCGCGAAACAGUGCACGAGCGUCGCCCGCCAGAACGGUGUUCGCGGCGCCAUGAGCGAGAUCUAUGGGUGCACCCACUGGUACUUCACCUUUGAAGGGCACAAGGGCUGCGGAGACUGGCACGCGGCUCUCGGCAUCACGUUCCGCGUGCAGCACCUCAGUUGGGUCAGCAUGGCGGGCGAGGGCAAGCGCGAUUAUCCAGCCAGUAUCGGGUACCAGAGUCCAUGGUAUAAGGAGUACGGCUACGUCGAGGACCAUUUCGCCCGUGUUGGUGUUGCCUUGACGCGCGGCAAGGCCGUCACGCGAGUUGGUGUGAUCCACCCCAUCGAGAGCUUUUGGUUGUGCUUCGGUCCCAAUAAUAGCGGUGACGAUGAGAUCGGUCGCCGUGAUCAGGCUUUCGCCGAGCUCACAAACUGGCUGCUGCAUGGGUUGGUUGACUUUGACUUCAUCUCCGAGAGCCUUCUCCCGAAUCAAAUCGGUGAAGAUAUCUCGAAGCCUCUCAAAGUUGGUCAGUGUGAGUACGAUGUCCUCAUACUGCCGAACCUACGAACUAUUCGGUCAUCGACCUUCGAAGUUGUGAAGAAAUUCGCUGCAGCUGGGGGUACCGUCAUAAUCGCUGGUGACGGCCCGGUUCUUAUUGAUGCUCAGGCUGCACCGCCGAAUCUUAGCCUGGACAUCGAGCCGUCGGUCAAAGUGGCUUGGGGUCAAGGGGAUAUUCUCUCUGCGGUAUCUCAGAACCGUGACUUGAAGAUCGACUUGAAGGAUGGGGGACCCUCCGAUACCCUUCUCUAUCAGAUGCGCCAGGAUGAGGAUGAAAGAUUUGUCUUCAUCUGCAACACCGAUAGGAAUAACCCAUACGACACGCUGGUCAACAUUAAGGGCGACUGGGAUGUGGAGGUUUUGGAUACCUUCACCGGCUCAACUCGUCAUCACAAAGCUCGUUAUGAAGGUGGUUGGACCAUCUUCGAUCACAGAUUUGAAGGCUGCGCAAGCCUACUUUUGAGACUCUACCCCGUGCCAGGGGAGGAACUGUCUUUCGUCAGUAUCGAAGAAGCAGUAGCACUAACCCCAGCCCAACACGCGCCUGCUGAAAUCAAGCUCGAAGAAGUCGUGCUUUCGGAGCCAAACGUUCUGAUGCUUGAUUACGCGCUGUACAGAAUCGACGAUGACCCAUGGGAGGACUCUGAACGACAAGAAAUCCUCAAGAUCGACAAUGAGAUUCGAGGACGUCUGCGCAUCCCAGCUAAGGGUUCCGCCUGGAAGCAGCCCUGGUCCGUCCCGCAGUCGGAGCGAGCAGCAAAGGUCUAUGUUGACCUCAGGUUCGAAUUUGAUUCCACCGUCAUUAUUAAGACUCUAGCCUACCUCGCGAUGGAAAAUCCCGAAAACGCAAGAAUCACCAUUAAUGGCAACAAACUCCUAGUCGAGGAGAAAAGGCUUUCUUGGUGGGUCGAUGAGGAUAUCAAAACCAUUUCGAUCCCGAAGAGAACGAUUCGCAAGGGGAAGAACAUCAUCGAGCUCAGUAUGCCCUUUGGUGUUUUGACAAACCUGGAGAGGAUUUACUUACUUGGGAGCUUCAGCGUCGAGCUGAAGAACAAUCUGCCUAUACUAUGUGAACGAAGACAGAGCUUGGGUUGGGGCGAUGUGGUUACACAAGGUCACCCAUUUUACGCUGGUAACGUGACUUACAACUGCAGCUUCUCACUGAAGUCUCGCUCGACUGUCACCCUCUCGAUUCCAAAGUUUGCGACGCCCGUCAUCAAGGUUCAAUGGAAGGGGAACAACGGGCACAUUGCCCUACAGCCAAGGAAGCUAGACCUUGGGCAGCUAGAAGCCGGCAAACACGAAAUCUCGAUCACAGCCUUCGGUUACCGGUACAAUUCAUUUGGUCAUAUACAUCUCACAGAAGGUGUCUUUGGAUGCUGGCCUGAUAUGUGGCGAACUGGCGGAUGGGCUUGGAGCGAGGAGUAUCUGUUGAAGCCUACCGGAGUCCUGGAAAAGCCUUCCUUGAUUGUGGAAUCUAAGGCCGGCGAGGGGAGUGAAGAGUGGAUUGUCUUGGCCGAAUAA